AUGGCUCUUCUCAUCGCCGCGGCUUUUCUGAUUGCCCCUGCCUUUGCGAGCUGGUCGACCACCAGCUACAGCAGCGGCAAUUUCAGAGUCCAAACUCCGGCGAGCACCUUGGGUGAUGGGGAGCUGUGGACCUUCGGAGGACGAGGUCUGGACACUUCGGUGGCCUCUCCCCCGUUCGACUAUAUCGACCAGAUCUGGGCCUACAACCUGAGCAGCGACGAGUGGCGCAACGUCUCCGCCGUGGCCUCGGGCGCUGCGCCGUCGCCCCGCAGCGAGUGCUCCGCGGUGUACAUCGGAACGAAUGUGUGGAUCUAUGGAGGUGGCGCACCCCCCAACACCGAGACCGGAGAUCUCUUCACGUUUGAUACCUCCUCCAACACCUGGGCACAAAUCACUCCCACGGGUGGCCCUCCUCCUGGGCGGCGUGCCCAUGCGGCGCUGACGGAUGGCGCGGGACAGAUGUGGGUGGUGGGCGGCUACUACUCGGGCGCCACACAGGUGGACACCUGGAUCUACAACAUUGCAGGCAAUUCGUGGAGUCAAGCAGCUGAUGGACCAGCCUCGUUGAUGUAUCACUCGGCCGUCUAUGAGCCCGGAGGCGGCAAGAUUUGGCUUUUUGGUGGAGUCGGGACCGACAGUGGUGGCUGGCAUUCGUCCAGAGAGCUGUGGUGUUUGGACAUCACGGCGAACACCUGGAGCAACUUCACGCAGCCGGACGGCCCGGCAGGGCGCCGGAGCCACGUGGCGGUGCUGGCAGAGAGCCAAGGCACGCGUGGCACCAUGUGGAUCCAUGGAGGCUAUUUGUAUGAUGGAGCUGAGGUCACCAAAUACAGCGACGUUUGGUCCUAUGAGAUCGCCGGCGACACCUGGACGGAGGUUGCGACUGGUCCCAGCAGCAUGACACGCUACAUGCACACAGCAGUCCUAGGGCCCGGGGACGUGAUGUGGAUCUAUGGUGGCACCUACUCCAGCGUGGUGGAUACAGUGCAUGCCUUCUUCACCCUGCCAACCACUACCACUUCGACAACGACAACUACAGGCAUGUCAGAUGUAACGCCUGUGAACGCCUCACAGGCCUUGACCAUGGUUGAGGAUCGUCAGGAUGCCAUGUCUGCGGCUGUUCAGGCCAAUCUGGGCAAUGUGAGUGCCGAUGGCUUCACUCUCUCCGAGCAAGAGGACUUGACGCUGAAUGGCACGGCCAUCCAGUCCAAAGCGCUGAUGGCAUCCAACGAUGGCUUCAGCUACAGCUAUCGCGACGUGACGGUGGAGCUGUCAGGAGCCUUGCUUCAGACGCUGCAAGAUGGCUUCGCUCUGAGCUUGGCGUUGAUCUCCUCCGACAGCAGCAGCUUUGCCUUGUUCGAGGAGCCUCCCGCGGUCUUGACCUCGCCCAUCGUCAGUGUGCAGCUCUAUACGAGUACUGGCGGAAAGAUAUCACAGCUGGCCUCACCUUUGCUGAUCACUUUCCCUCGCCCCACGCUGGAAGGCCGCUUCCGCCCACAGUGCGUCUUCUGGGAUGAAGCGUUGCAGGCCUGGUCCACCAAUGGCGUGACCCUUGUGAGCCAAAGCGCCGCACAGGUCACCUGUGCUGCUGAGCACCUCUCGCUCUUCGCCUUGCUGUUGAUCCCCUUCCUAUGUAGCAACGCCGCCGCGAUCUUCUCCCAAGCAGGUCUGGAAGCGCUGGCGGAGUUCUCCUGGGCCGGGCGGCUGCCAGCGGUAGUGACUUGGUUGACUCUCCUGGUCGGUGGCGGCUUGCUCGUGGCCGCCUUCCUGAUGGACCGGCGGCACCAGACACACCGGAAGCAGCUCCUGAAGCGUUUGGAGACCUGUGAACAGGUGACCUACACCAAGAAGAGGAGCAUGGAAUUGCCCAAGGAGAAACUUGAGAUUCAUCCAAAGACCGUGAAAAAGAUCCUUCUGAAGCACCUCCACACACAGAUCCUCUUGUCCGAGCUCGGCGUGGAUCUGGGUUUCCUCAAGCAACUCUACGUCACCGGAGGUUUUUCACCAGUUCAUGCGCAGGCGAAAGAACUUGUGGAGAAGUUCUAUGCCUCCAGCAUUCUUUCGCGGAGCAUCUUGCUGUUUCGUGUGCACUGCCAGUGGAUGAAGUUCUCCUACCCGAUGAUGCGCACCACUUCAGUGCAAAGGUGUGCGGAGACCUUGGCGAAGUUUUGGAGUGGUUUGGCCCUGGUCGCUAUGUGGUAUAGUUCCACAGCUUUGGCCGCACAUCAACCUGCCGACUGCGAUGUAGUGAAGGGCUUGGCUCAGAUGAUUGUCCGCGGCUUUGUGGUCUCCACCGUGGGAGCGAUCAUCGGGAUCUUGCCAGUCCUUGCAACAAUUAUCAUUCAGCAAAAACUGGUGAGGAAAAUGGGGCAAACUGCCCGGGUCUUCUUUUGGAGCUUCAUUGCUUUGUACUUCCUCCUCUCCCUCUUCGUGGUCUUGGUCUUCUUAGCCUCCGUGAGCGACGUCGAUGGUAUCGACUUCUUAAUCGGAGUGCUCACGGCCGUGGCACGCACGAUCCUUUUGACGCCCUGGGUGGGCGUCACCUUCUUCUUGCUCUUCAUCGCAUGUGUGGAGGUGGAUCUGGCCAGCAGCUUGCCGUUUGAACGGACGGAUGCCAAGAGCGGACAGUCCCUUCGCGUGGACGUGCAGAGUCUGGCAGUGAGAUCGCCCAGCAACCCAGGAGAACGACGGCUUUGCUUCAAGUGUCAAGUGUCGGGUCUGUCAGAAGUCAUCACGGUGAAGCAGCAGGAUGCAGAACUUGCACCAGGUGUGUGCUUCACCGGACUGGCGCAGCACCACGUCAUCUUGCUGAGCGUCUACGAGACGAAAGAGAAGACGAAACCGCUCAGCUUGCUGGGGGCGACUGCUGUGCUGGUGAGCGAGCUGAAGAGCUCCCAGGAACUACCCCUGCAAUGCCGCGGAAAGGCUUUGGAGGACUCACUCCUUCUGAGCGUGAAGCUGUCGGAGAUGGAGGUGAUGGAGUUUCCCGCGCUUCUAGAGUCUCCCGGAGAGAGCUACGGCAAGCUCGGCGAGGAGGGCGCUGCCAAGGUGAAAGAAGGAACACAAGUCCAGCCUCAUGUGGACGUGCAGGUGGAGCGGACCAAAGAAGUCCUGCAUGCAGCGGCGCAACUGAAAGCUUCCGAGGCGGCGCCUCGUGACGAGGUUCGGCAGGCUCCUCCGCGGAGCUCAAGGCAUGGAACACUGACGUUUGGUUCGGCGGAGGAGCCGGCCGCACCUUGGCACCUUCAAAGCAAGAGGCCGGCGCCGACGCCCAUGCAUGAGGAAGAUCUGAAUACCCCGGAGGAGACCUGGGACCGGCAGAAGUCCGACGAGCGCGAGGCAAGACAUGCGAACCUGGCCAGCGCCGACCAGUUCAACCGCCAGCUGUCGCCCUCGCAAUCCUUGCCGCAUGUGCCUCAUAUCCCGCCGGGGACGCCGAGAGCGGCGCCGCGCGACGGCGGGAAGAGAAGCGGCAGGAAUUACAAACUUGAGGCCAUCGUGCCACCGCAAACCUUUGCUGCUAUAGUGAAGCUUUUGAAGCGGCUCUUCGAUGACACCGAGGUCGUCUCACUGCAGCACUUGAAGUCUGCCAAGACUCGUGCACAGGCGUCCGGGAGCAAGCGAAGGCUUUGGGGCGAGGCGGUACAGGAUGUGGACCACCGAGAGUUGCCGCCCACUGACAAGAUCCCGCCGGAGCUGAUCAGGCGGCGAUCCGCUUCGCCGAUCACCACCGGCGCCGCCUCCGCAGCUGCCUUGUCGCUCGCUGCUCUUCUCCUUCUCAUCGUCGUCGACGACAUGGCAGGCGUAGGCUAUGAGAAGUCCUCUGGGCAGUCCGCAUUCUUGCCGGCGCAGGACGCGGCCAGUCGCAUUGAAGCAGAGGCGGUGAGGCUUAGCAAGUGCGAAGCCUCUUCGGAGGUCAUCGAACGCUGGUUGGCACUCCUCCGCACCAACCAGCGGCGCUACACCGAUGGUGACCGCCACGGCGAUGGUGACCGGCGCGAGGCGCCACCGAGGCCGUUGUCCUUCAAGCAGGUCUUCUUACGCUCCCGCGCUCUGGAGUUGGCGCUCGACACCUCCGCGCGCAGCGCCGAGCUGCGCCACGCGCUGCGGAGCUACGCGCUCACCACGCCCACGAGAUGGCCCGAAAGCUGCCCUCCACCCAUGGCCUUCGCACGAGCGUUCGUAGCACUGCUGUGGGCCACGGUGGGAUCGACGGAGAUUUGGCUCCAGCUCCUCGGGACCUUGCUGAGUUCGGAACAGACGCCCCACGCGGGCCAUGAAGCGGAGGAGCCUUGCCAUACCUGGCUAGUGCAGCUCAUAGCUGCACGACGGCAGAACUGGCAGGCGUCCGAUGUGGUGGACCGGGAGACGGAGAUCCUCACGUUGGAGCAGAAGGCCACCGAGGCCCUGGCGCUCACUGAGCCCCACGGUCAAGGCUUCGCCUCCAAGCUUCAGCAGCUGUCGCUGUUGAGCUCGGCGGUUGUGGCCAUGGAAAACGUGGUCGACCGAAGGGCGUCCUUGGCGGAAGAGGUGCAGCGAGCGAUCGUGGCCGAGAAGGAGCAGCGGCAGCUCUACCAGAGUACGGUCAGCUCGGUGGCCACCUCCGCGAAGGCUUUGGCGGACUCGUUGGCCGCCAAUGGCCAAGACCUGAACGCGAACGGCCUCACCGAGCGCCGGGCACAGCUCUGUAGCAAGUCCGAGGGCCUCAAGGCUCGCUUGACGGACUUGAGCCCUGAGCUGGAGCGGCUGGCAUCCGAGAUCGAGACGGCGGAGGAGGUGCAACGAGAGCUCAUGCAGCAGCUGAAGCAGAACAAGGAGCACCUGGAGAGUUUGCGGAAGCAACGUGAUGAGGGCCGAAAGGAAGAAGAACAUCUUCGGCAUUCCCUGCAGCGCACUGAGCAGCGCUUAGCAAGCCAGUUGGCUUCGGAGGAGGUGGCCAAGCGCCGUAGCGAGGCCUCACAAGCCUUGGCCUUUGCAGUGGCAGACGUGGCGGAACAACUCAAGGAGGAGAAGGAGGAGAAGGAGAAAGACAUGGCGGAGGCACCCAAGCUGGGCCUCACCUUGCAGCGGAACCAGCAGCAGCGGAAUCAGCUGUUAACGGUUCUGACGAAGGGAGAGGUGGAGCGAGCGCGCAAAGCAGCUGAGGUCGCGAAAGAGGCGCUCCCCUUGGCACAAGCCUUUGCAGCAAAGCAAGGUGGGUCGCCCAAGGAGGAAGCUGAAUCGCCCCGGAAGGGAGCUGAGGACGCUGAGAACAGCGAGCAGGACAGUCGAGAACAAGCUCAUCUUCAGGAGUUGCGGCAGAGCAUCAAGGAGCUCAAGUCUUUGAGCUCGGAACAGAUCUUGUCACGCCUGGAGGAUGCAGCUCUGGCCGACGAUGCCGGAUGUGAGCAAUCUUUGGGUCCACUGGUGGCGGAGAUCAGGGACUCCUUGGAGUCUUGCAGAGAGGCCUUGAUCACUUUAGAGGCGCUUGGCUUGCCAGAGGAGAUGGAGAAAGAUAGCUGGGAGGUCGUGGAGGAGCGUGGCCAUCAUGAGUCCUUCCUCUUUGGUUUGGAAGAGUCUCCCCAGGAACGGGAAGCCUUUGGAUGGGACACCAGCGGCUUGAAAAACCUCUUCAAUGGCCUGGCUGCACGGGCCAGAUCAGGUGGCGCGGAGCGGCUUCCAAGCACAGGAGCAGAAGAUCCAUUCUUGUUAGAGGGCCUUGUUCUCGAGGACCCCCAAAAACGCGAGCCGCUGGAGACGCUCGAGACCGUGCUCGACGCAGAGCCGCGCAAAGAGAUGGAAACUGCAGAGCCAAAGGUGGCCGCGGCCUCUCUCGGGGAUUCCUCGGACUUCGUGGACGCCGGAGACGCAGGGGACGCUGAGCUUGUGCAGGGCCCCCAGGAGGAGUUGAAACCUACAGGCGAAGCUCCUAGUGACAAGGAUGAGGGCUUUUGUGAUCCAGAGCUCCUGUGA